AUGAAGAGACUUUUCUCAAUUGCCACAGUGCCAUCAUCAUUUAGAAAGAACAAUGUUGUUGCUUCCCUUGUUGCUGUUGAAUCACAACAAGUACGAUUCGUGAGAAGUGUUGCUAAUACCGAUGUUAUUAUUAAAAAGGAUUUUAAAUUUUUAGUGGAAGGAGAAGUAGUUAAAGUAAAGGCUGGAUAUAUGAGAAAUUUCCUGUAUCCAAACAAAAUUGCUAUCUAUGCUACUGAAUCUAAUUUGAAGGAAUUGAAUGAUAGUUUAUCACCAGAAAUGAAGAUUGCCAUUCAAGAAAAGAAGAGAUUAUUGUUAAAGCAAAAGGAACAAGAUAAGUCUCUGGUCAGAGCUUCCGAAGACGAAGAAGGUGAACAAGAAGAAGGAGAAGAAAUAAUCGAAGAAGAAGAAGUUUCCGAACAAACAGAAGAAACACCAAAGGAAAAGUAA